AAAAAAGAUAUACCACAGUUACGUAAGCUUCACUAUACACUUCAAAUUUUCAUCAUACCAAAAUUGCACUUAUAAUAACACUCUAAUAAAUAGCUUUUAGAAAGAUACCAAUGACAAUUUCUCAAGAUAUCGAUACCGGGGAGAGUCAACCUUUAUUGAAAAAUCAGCAAAAUCAGCAGAAUUCAGAAAGUUUAAAGGAUCUAAAAGGCUAUGUGAAACCAUUGAUUUCUGCUUUCUUUAUCAGUAUCGUUGCUGGUAUCAAUGAUGGUAGUUUGGGUUCUAUUAUCCCUCGCAUUAAAAGCUACUAUCAAAUCACAAACGAAACUGUCUCAAUACUCUUUCUGUGCUCAGCCUUCGGCUUCUUUCUGAGCGGUGCAUUCAACGGCUAUAUUGUUUACAAAUUAGGCCAACUAAAAACACUUUUUCUUGGCUCAACCAUGAUGUUUAUCUCGUUCUCGCUUUUAUCCAUGGGACUACCAUUUCCUUUCAUGGCAUGCACAAUGCCUUUUGUAGGCGGAGGUAUGGCGUUGUUGGAUGGUGCAAUGAAUGUAUAUACUGCUAAUGUACCCCUUGCAACCCUUAUGCUAAAUGUAUUACAUGCCAUUUACGGAGUGGGUGCAAUGAUAAGCCCUCUCGUCGCUUCCUUUCUAUUGAAGCAUGAUAUUAGUUGGAAAGGAAUGUAUUUUUUCUUAGCCGUUGUUGGCUUUGUCAAUAUAGCUUCUAUCGCGUUUGGUUUUUGGCAUGUUGACUUUGAGGAUGCUAAGCAUAUCGGGCAAGAAGAAGUGGUUGUAGUAGAAGAUCCAUUAUCGGCUUCGCCUCGUGGGGACACCGGAUCUCAACACCAGCAACAGCAGCAGCAGCAGCAACCUGUUGAACUAAAACAUAGCGAGUUGACUAAGAAAGCAAUUUUUAACCGAGUCACCAUCAUUAGCGCUGCCUACAUAUUGAUUUAUGUAGGCGUAGAAGUAACAAUGGGUGGUUGGGCAUAUACAUUCUUAAAAGAAGGUAGGCAUGGUGAUGAAGUGAUUAUGGCCAAUGUCGUUUCUGGUUACUGGGCUGGUUUAGCAGCAGGUCGAAUCCUUCUUGGGUAUUUGUCUAAUCGUUUUGGAGAAAAAUUAACGAUCAUGAUAUUCACUAUGACGAUUAUCAUUUGCCUGGUGACAAUGAUGGUGUCAACUGACAUUGUUUUUGAUUCCACAGCAUUGAUCGCUAUUGGCUUCUUAUUGGGCCCUAUGUUCCCUACAACCAUCUCACUCAUGUCCAAGGCUCUUCCUAGGAAUUAUCAUGCGACUGCCAUUGGAUUCGUAGCUGCGCUUGGUGCUGGUGGUGCUGCCUUAUUCCCGUUUAUGACAGGUCAAAUUGCUGGUAAAUUUGGUAUUUUAAUUGUGCCUUUUGUUUGUGUAUUUAUGACUACCGCUAUGGCAGUUCUGUGGGUGUUCAUUCCUUCAAAGAGACCCCUUCUCGCCGCAUUUCGUCAUUCUGGUUAUGAGUCCGUAUAAAAUCCAUUUGAGAACCAGCAAUCAAAAGAAAAAUAAGGGGAAGUGAAACAACAGAUCACAAAAUGGGGGAUUGUCUAAAGGCUAAAAGUGGGUGACUGGGUUAUACGCAUGAAUUUUGGGCAAAAAAAGAACCCACUUUAAGUGAUAGAAAUAGUGUAAUUUUUAGAUUUUCGUUUUUUUAUUUUUCCUUUCUUCUGCCUUACUGC